CCCACAAAGACCGAAAGCCAUCUCCUGUCAAUCCUCCUUGUGCCCUACUUAGCCAUCAAAUUUGAAAUUCUGUUCAUCAACCAUCCCCUGCCAGCCCUUCAUUCUUGAACCGAGACAGUACAUCCACAAGUCCUUGAAGCCAAGCUAAAUACACUCCACGUUCUGAUCGUCAGAAAGCCCGAUUCUUUGAUUCCUUCCCUCUGAAUUUUCUACCCGGAACAAGAGCAAAUGUGCUCCGAGACCUGUCCGGCUCUCGCAUCGAGCUUCCUCGAUCUCCCCCAAAGGGACAAGGAAGCUGUAGGGAUGCUGAAUGCGGAGUCGGGGUCCUCGUUGCAUUCGAGCUCGGACUGCGAGUUUGAGUUCGGCAUCAGCACCGGUGGGCUCGAGCACAUGUCCUCUGCAGCGGAUGAGCUUUUUGCCAACGGCGUGAUCCUUCCAUUUCAGAUACAACCUGAAAGUCUCGCAGCAAAAGGGGCCUCCAAAAGUGAAGCUGGAGCGGCAGUUCAUCUCCCUUUCCUCAUUUCUAUCCCUCGUCCUCCAACGUGGGACGACGACGACGGCAAGAAGACAGAGGAGAUUGCAUUGAUACGAUCGGGGUCGGGGUCGGGAUCAGAUCGAGAAAAGGUUCAGUCUUGGUCUUUCUGGGGAAUCAGGAGAAGCACUAGUCUCAACUCUGAUAAAGGUUGCACCAGGAAGAGCUCAAGUUUCCCAUCACAGCUCCUGUCAAGAAGCAAAUCAACAAGUUCAGUGCUAGGCCUAAGAAGAUCAUCUUCACAUAGAAGACAAGCUAGUUCGAUUCCCAAACCUCUGAAUUCAUCGUCGGCAUCAAGCGUCACAGCGAAAAGGGCCUCCGAAGCAGCAGCGCCUCUCCCUUUCCUCACUCCUCUUCCUAGUCCCACAACUUGCUGCGACGAUGACAAGAAGAUAGAGAGGACAGAGGAGAAUGCAUUUGCACCAUCAAGAUCGGGAUCAGAUCAAGAAAAGCUUCAGUCCUGGUCUUUCUGGGGAUUCAGGAGAAGCACUAGUCUCAACUCUGGCGAUCUCUGCACCAGCAAGAGUUCAGUUAUCCAAUCACAACUCCUGUCAAAGAGCAAGUCAACAGGUUCGGUGCCAGCUCCCAGAAGGUCAUCUUCACUUGGAAGAAAAGCCAGUCACAUUCCCAAACCUUCCUAUUCUUCGUCGACGUCUCAUUCUUAUCCGUGGCUCCAAAAGGCUCCGUCGAAGAAGAAUCACGGGCUCGGAGCGUCUCACGGGAGCACGGUUCGAGUUAGUCCGGUGCUGAACUUGCCAACCCUGUGCAUUUCCAAGGGGGCUGCGAACGUCUUUAGCUUGGGUUGUUUCGCAGUCAAGGAACAGAAGAACAAAGCAUGAUUGUAUUGUCGUUUCCUGGUCUGAAUAAUGUUUAUCAUGAGAUAGCUUCAUCUCAUUCUCAUUACGAAAGCUCUGUAUCAACCAUGUUAGACCGAGGAGAAACUAGUGUAACCUCAAAAUCUGAUGGACCAUGUGAGCGACAAAAUCAUUCAUGAUGUGAAAUAUAUGUGAAGACAUGUAAUUUUCCAAUGAAAGCAAGGAGGAUUACCA